UCGCUUUCGCUUUGUCUGGCUUUGUCGCAAGCGCAGUUUACACACUAUAAUUUAAGAUUUAGAAUAAUUUAGACUAAAGAAAAAAAUGAUGGACUCCGCAGACGAAGACUCGGUGACAAAACUGAACACGCAGUUGAACAAAUCGAUGAUAUUAAUGGAGGACGUCGUGGAUACUCCGUCUUCGAAUCACAAGCGCAAAUCUAUCACGAUAAACACAGAGGCCAAGUCACCUAAAACGACCGGGAGCCCCGUUAAAUCGCGCAAAAGCAUUUUGAAAAAGUCCAACAAAUCGUUGGGCGAAAGUGUAACGGAUGACGAGAUCGCACAGACCUCGGACGGCGGCACCGAUAAAUCGAACGAUCUAGUGGUCAACGGAUUGUCAUUGCCCACUUCAAUUUUGACCAGACCGCGCAAUCUUCAAGAAAUAGUUGAAAAGGAGUCGCUAAAUGAGGAAAAUGUAUCCUCUACAUUUAACUUGGAGGAUGUAUCGGAUAGUGAAGAGAUUUGGAUAAUGGACAUUCCUAGAUUAAUAGACCCGCAAGAGCUUCAUGGUCAGACUAUAGUCUUUGAGGAUAAGUCAAAGUUUAGAAUUAAAGAUGAACGAUAUUGCAUCGUCGCUCACAACACGAGCCAUAAUGUCACAUGUGUUUUUAAUUCCAAAAAGGACACUCCACAGUAUAAGACUGUAAAUAUCAAGCCAGCUGGCUUUUUAACAGUAAGGAGAAAACUGUCUGGUGCGCCAGAACUAAAACCGGUAUCUACAGAGAGCUCUGUCGUGCAGUUUCCUGACAAUUUAAAAACAAGGCAUCCACUGCUUGGCGUUAUUCGUGAACGUAAGAAGAGGUCGAAGAAACGUAGCUCGAUUAAAGAAAACUAGAAAUUAGAAUUUGAAUAUAACUUGAAUUUGCUUUAAGGCUUUUCUGUUUAAUCGUCACUGCUAUCUCAGAUUGUGACGUCAGAAGCGAGGAAAUAUAUACACACAAAUUCUUGCAAUAUAUAUUAAAAUGUGGAAAUAUUUCAAAAACAGCACUUGCAAUCGAUAGAACUGACUUGUAAAAUAUACUGAAAAUCCUUUUGUCUCGUUAAUUAAUAAAUACAUCUAGGAAUGAAUUAUGCACAAAAUUGUUCCCAACUAUGACAACUGUCUCUCAAAUUAAUAAUAUAUAGAAAUAAUUCUUCCCCCGAAAUAAAAAUAGAUAAUUCUCGUUAUAUUUUAUAAGUCUA